AUGUCUACUAAAGAAUUUGGUGAUUUUGCCAUCGGGGAUAUUCUAAACAAUGUCUGGUGUAUUGUAAGGACACUGGGUAAAGGAACAUGUUGUAUAGUGUAUGAAGUGAAGUCACAUGACUGUAUUGGUGCCGUCAAGGUUUACAAGAAAGAAGAGAAAUAUCUUCCAGUGUACUACAGAGAACUGAAUAUUUUACGCUUAUUACACAAGGAUGCUAAAAUUACCAGUAUAGUUAAACUCUACAGUCAUUUUAUACACAAAGGCCAUCCAUGUCUGGUAUUUGAGUUGCUACAUUUUGGAUUAAGACAGAUAAUCUAUAAGAACAAUGAUGACAGCUUAUCCCUGUAUGUCAUCCAAUCUUUAGCCAAGGAUUUACUCCAAUCUGUGGAUUAUAUUCACAGUAAAGGAUUAAUACAUGCUGAUAUUAAACCUGAUAAUCUACUUUGGUCUGUACAGGAUGGAUGUAUUAAAGUCAUAGACUUUGGUCUCUGUAUGCAACAAGGAAAUCAGGAAUAUUGUCAUCAAAUUCAAAGCCUUUGUUAUCAAUGUCCUGAAGCCAAACGAUGGAACACUUUUAUAUGUAAAAAUCCUGAAGUAUUCGUUGGUGGUCCUAUAUGUGGUCCAGCUGCAGAUAUAUGGACCAUUGGGUGUGUCUUGGUAUAUAUGUAUACAGCACAUAAAUUAUUUGGUAAAGAUGAUGUACCUGAGAAUGGAUGUGACAAAUGUCAGGUUUGUGAUUCCACUCUAAGAUGUGAGUAUGAAGUGUUAGUUGACUCUGUAAUUAAACCAAGACAACAUGAUGAUGACAUCCCAAAUCAAAAUGCAAUCAUGUCAGAUUUCAGAGAUCUAGUGCAAAGAAUGUUGUGUUGUCAUAGUGACCACAGAAUUACUGCAACUGAUGCCCUGCAUCAUCCAUUUUUUCAACAUCAUCUACAAGCCAGUUAUAAAGACAUGUUAUUAUUUCCGACACGAAUAUUGCGAUUACUCAAUACAGUGGAACAAAAAGACUUAGAUGAUGAGUAUCAAGAUAUUGUUGAUGAUAUUAAAGAAGAAUGUGAGAAAUAUGGGCAUGUUAAUAAAUUAGUGAUACCACGAUAUGGACAAGGAAUUGAUAAGGUGUAUAUUGAAUUUGAUGAUUCUACCAGCUGUGAAGAAGCACAGCAUUGCAUGAUGGGAAAAUACUUUAAUGGUAGAACUGUGAUUACAACAUACUUUCCAAUCAAGCUAUUCAAAGAUGGUGAUUAUUAUUAAUAAGUCUGGUAGGUGCAGUCAAUAUCUUUGAUCAGAAAUCUUUUCUACACUCAAUUCAACCCAUACUGUUGUCAAUAUCUCAUAAAUCCUUGCUGUACCAAACUCAGCCCACUUCUCUGGUCCAAAACCCAUAUUGACAAGAACUACUGUAAUAGACAAUGAUCAAAAACAACUUGAAUAUUACUUCAUUAUUUUUACUCAUGAAUAAUCAAAUCAUAACUUAAAUAAAUGGCUUGUUACCACUGAUUGAAAU